AUGGCUGGCCCUCAUCCCCGCAGCGAUUCGCCUUCCGGCCAGUCAGUUGCCAGCCAUUAUGACGAUGACGGUUCUGUGCUGGGAACAGGAUUAACGAGCCGUCAUCUCGAAGCAUUUGGUCGCAAGGUCACCACGACCGCGAGCCACCUCAUGGCCCCAAAAACCGAUCCCACUUUUACAACGCACUACCAAAAUGCAAUGAGUGAUAUCCAACGAGAACUGCGCCGACCCACAGUCCAAAGAAAAGUAUUCUCCUUUACGCAGACCAGUCCGACUGACCUCGUGCGGUCGAAGCUUUCGACAUCCGAAAUCCAGUACCGUGCGCUCUCCGCCCUCCCUGAUGAACUACUUGCGAAUAUUCCCGCCGACACCAGUACAUAUUCCCUGUUCCAAGGUUUUCAAGCCUCGAUACCGGAUGACAAUGAGCACCGGAAAUCGCAUAGAAGACGGCGGUCCCAUGGUCAGAAAACGUUAGAAGGCUCCGGGAAAAGCGCUCGUCCGUUACCUCAGACCGUUGGGACGCUGAAACGCGAGAGAGACACGCUGAACCGUCGACUGGAAAUGAUGGGAAUACGGAAAAACAUGUGCAGUACAGAAAUCCAUGAGAUAGAUAACAAAGUUGCCAAUUUGAAUCACAUGCGAAAAAUUGUGUUAGACCGCUUGGCUGGACUGGAAAUGGAUGAGGCAGAAUUGGAGCAUGAAUUGGUUCAAUUGGAAAAUAAGCUUGAAGAUAUGGAAGAAGGCGUGGGUGAAUCUGCUGCAGGAGCUUCGACACCGAAAACAUUCGAUGCGGAAACGACCCCAGUGGAUCCUGAAAACCAAGCGAUGGACGCAUCAUUCAUGUCUGAAUCAAUAUACGAAAAACUUCCCUCACCGAAAACAUGGCGGCAUAAAGCAACUAGAAAACGGUCAAUGCCCAUUUUGCACGAACAUUUUGAGCCAGGUUCUAUGAUUCGAGAAAUACAGGCGCACAACGAUAUGAUCACCGCAGUUGAUUUUGACGUUCCAUUUGGCACCAUGGUUAGCUCGGCUUUGGAUGAUACUGUGAGAGUUUGGGAUUUAAACCUCGGGCGUUGUAUGGGAUUCCUGGAAGGACAUCAUGCCUCCGUAAGGUGCUUACAGGUUGAGGAUAACAUUGUUGCUACUGGCUCUAUGGACGCAUCGAUUCGACUGUGGGACUUGAGCCGCGCCAGCUAUGCUCCUAGGGAUAAUAGAAUAAAUAAAGCCGAAGACGAAGAUGACGACGAUGCGCUAGGUUUCGAGGACCCGUCAGCCGAACCGCCACCACCACCACCUUCCAGCAUGGAGGAUUGCCCAUUAUUUUCUCUUGAAGCACAUGUUGAUGAGGUGACCGCUUUGCAUUUCCGGGGCGACACCUUGAUAUCUGGCUCCGCCGAUAAAACGCUACGACAGUGGGAUUUGGUAAAGGGAAGGUGUGUACAAACGCUGGACGUCUUAUGGGCGGCCGCACAAGCGUCGUCCACCAUGGGUGGUGGGGAGUCGCAGUGGCGACCCACCGGCCGCCUUCCAGACGCAUCGGCCGACUUCGUCGGCGCACUACAAUGCUUCGAUGCUGCAUUGGCGUGCGGCACUGCGGACGGGUUGAUUAGAUUGUGGGAUUUACGCAGCGGCCAGGUUCACCGUAGUCUUGUUGGACACACAGGGCCAAUCACAUGCCUACAAUUCGACGAUGUCCAUCUUAUCACUGGUAGUUUGGAUCGGAGUAUCCGGAUUUGGGAUCUCCGCACGGGAUCCAUCUACGAUGCAUAUGCAUACGACCAUCCCGUCACAAGUAUGAUGUUUGACUCCCGGCGAAUAGUGGCUGCUGCAGGAGAGGACGUUGUCAAAGUGUACGACAAGGCUGACGGGCGUCACUGGGACUGCGGCGCGGGGACUACUGCAGAGGAAGAAGGGACAACGCCUGCAAUCGUUGAACGUGUACGCCUUAAGGACGGAUAUCUGACUGAAGGACGCAAAGAUGGCACCAUUGGCAUCUGGACAUGUUGA